AUGUCCUCGACACAUGCAACUUUGGGUGCGGCUGCAGAUGAGCGCAAGGCGCGCCUGGCCAAGCUCAAAAAUCUCAAGCGCAAACAACCCGGCGACGAAAUUGUAGCACCUGAAUCAACACGCUCGGCCUCACCACCUAACGAACCUGAUAUUACAAAGAUACACCUCUCAGGAAGGAACUAUGAUCCUGAAACAAAGGGACCAAAGCUUGGCUUUGAAGCGCCACCAACGUUAGCCGUCGAGAAAACCUUGGAACAACAGGCAAAGGAGGUCGAGGAUGAGAUCCGGAAAAGGGCUGAGGAAGAGGAGCACGAUGACAAAGGCGUGGAUCUGUUCAAGCUGCAACCAAAAAAGCCGAAUUGGGACUUGAAGCGGGACUUGGACCGGAAGUUGGUGGUUUUGAACGUGAAGACGGAGAAUGCAAUUGCGAGAAUGGUGCGGGAAAGAAUCGAGGGAGCUCAGGAAGCUGCAAAGUCGAAAUCAGGAAGAUGGGCAGUUACAGCAAGUGAGGGAGGGGAGGAAAUGGGUAUGGAGGGUAUUGCUCUGGUUGAAGGUGUAAAGUUGAGGGAAAGGGAGGAGGAAGAAGAAGAGAGGAGGGAAAAAGAAGAUACCGAAAUGGUGUAA